CUCUGCUGCCGACAACCCGUUUUACCAUGGCCGACUGCCUGACGCGCCACUGGACCGUGACGCAGCCGAUCAAGUCGCCCGCGCAGCUCGAGGCCGAGCAGUACCUCUUCUGCCUUCCCUGGUUCAACGACCAGUACUUUGUGUGGCGCGCGAUUCGCUUCAACCGCUGGUAUCUCUUUGCGGCGUCGUUCCUCUGUCAGUUUUGCUGCGGCUCGGUGUACGCGUGGUCCAUCUACAACACGCCCAUGGACACGUACCUUUUUGGCAAUGGCGCCGACGGCCGGUCGCCCUACACGUUUUACAUUGCGAUCGGGACGCUCGGGAGCACGGCCGCGGUCUUAGGGCCGUGGCUCGAGCGCCAUGGGCCGCGCCGGGGAAUGUUUCUCGGUGCGACCAUGUUCUUUCUUGGCCACCUCACGACGGCCGUCGCGCUCUACUACAAGUCGAUCGUUGGUGUCUACGUUGGCUACGGCCUCAUCGGUGGCUUUGGUAUUGGCAUCAACUACAUCUCGCCCGUCUCGGCGCUUCAGAAAUGGUUUCCGGACAUGCGCGGGACGGCGGCCGGGUUUGCGGUUGCUGGGUUUGGCGCCGGCUCGACGGUCUGGGGCAAGGUGUACCUCCCGGCGGCCAAGCUCUUUGGUCUUCCCGGCAACUUUGUCGUGCUGGGUGCGAUCAUGGCGGCGAUCAUGUACGGCUGCACAAUCGUGAUGCGGACACCGCCACCGGGAUUCGAAGUCGCCGGCAUCAACGUCCACGGUCUCCGCCAAGACGACGGUAUCGCGCCGUAUGCCAAGUCUGAAGACGCCGCGGCCAGGGAUGUCCAGGUGCAAACGCAGUAUGCGCACGUCAAGGCCAUGCAGCUUCGCGACUGUCUGCUCAACAUCGACUAUGGCUUCAUGUACGUCAUGCUCUUUGGUAACAUUGUCUUUGGCCUCGUGCUCCUCGGGCGACUCUCGACGAUGGCAACCGGUCUCUUUGGCCAAACCGCCAAUGAAGGCACGAACGUGGUCGCGAUCAACGGCGUCUUCAACUGCGUCGGCCGGCUCUUCUGGCCGCUUGUCUCGGACGUGCUCGUGCGCGGCUUCAAGCUCAACCCGCCGUUCGCGCGCAAACUGGUCUUUCUCAUGACGCUCGGCUUGCAGCUCGUGCUCAUCUACUCGAUGGAGCUCGUCAUUCGGACGAAAAAUUACGACGCUUUUCGCGCCCAGAUCUGGCUGCUCACGCUGUGUCUCGGCGGCGGCUUUGGCACGAUUCCUGCCUUCCUCACCGACAUGUUUGGCGCCUACAACAUUGGCGCGGUCCACGGCGUCAUCCUGACCGCGUGGUCGCUUGCGGGGGUCGUCGGUGGCCUCGGGUUCACGUUCUACUACAACACGCUCACGCACGCAAGCCCGCCCGUGUCGGUCCAAGACGCGUACCUGCGCAACAUCCACUGGAUCGUACUGAUUACGCUGGCUGGGUUUCUCGCUACGUUUUGUGUGCGCUCGCGCGGCGAAGACCGGUUCGCCGCCGACUGCAAGUAUCAAUACAGUGUCUGCGGCAAACCCGUGAUCCGGAUUGGCCGGCAGGCUCGUCACGAAAACACACCCGAGGCCUCGGCGGUCGUCGCCUAGUUUUGAUGGCUCUAUAACACAAUUACGAUAAAGGUACUGUACCUGCGAUUCGAUGCCAGAGUAGUCGUUAAGUAGAGUAGUAGGAAUGUACGUGCCCUUGUCUG